AUGUUUCUCGCCAUUUUUAUUGCUGUUGUCUGCGCUAGUGUAGAAGCUAAGUCGCCAUGGUUUCAGCGGUAUGAGGAGUUUUUCACGGAGGUAUUGCCUAACAAUGCUACGCUGAAUGCAUUAUGGAAAGAACAUGUGGCCUCAUAUCAGCGACAGGAGAGAGAGAUAAGCUUCUCAAUUCCACACUUUGACUGCCACCUAAAUCAACCGCACAGUGGAAAUUCAGCUACUUCUGUCCAUAGACUACAUCCGGGUGACAUAAAGGUAGUGGCAGCCAUGGGUGAUUCCUUAACGGCUGGUAACGGUAUCCUGGCAACCAACGUCAUCGGUGACUUAUUGGAAUAUAGAGGUCAUUCAUGGAGUAUUGGCGGAGAUGGCGUACUCGAAGAGGUUUUAACAUUCCCAAAUAUCCUGAAGAAAUUUGGUGGAUAUCUGUAUGGAUACUCGGAGGGAAUUGCCAAGAGAAACCUGACAGGUGCUAAUCUGAACGUCGCUAAUCCUGGAGACGUGGCCUCGAAUAUGCCAGAACAAGCUCAUCUCCUAGUAGCCAGAAUGAAGAAUAAUGCUAACGUCCGUAUGUCGGAUGACUGGAAGGUGGUGACGAUGUUUAUUGGCGGAAACGAUCUCUGUGACUACUGUUCUAAUCCGGUUCAGUACAGUCCAGAUAACUACGUAAAUCACAUCCGGGAAGCUUUGGACUUCCUGAAAGCCAACCUACCAAAGACAUUUGUUAAUGUCGUCAGUAUAUUUGACAUAGCUCCGAUUGCGUCCAUGGAGAAAGGUUUCAUCUGUUCUGUAGUGCACACAUUCGUAUGUGAGUGUGGCCAAGAGCCCACAAACGGACCAAUGUUGAGGCAGGUCACGCAUGCGUAUCAGAGAGGUGUAGAAGAUCUCAUCAACAGCGGACGCUACGAUACCAGUGACGAUUUCACAGUUGUCGUUCAGCCAUUCUAUAAACACACAGAACCUCCCAAACUGGACUCCACGGGGAAGAUCGACAUGUCCUACUUCAGCCCUGAUUGUUUUCAUUUUAAUCACAAAGGACACUUCGCGUCAGCUAUCUCCUUGUGGAACAAUAUGCUGGAGGCGCCAUCCGUGAAACAGCAGGAAUGGUAUCUCAACCAACCUUUCCAUUGUCCCCUUAUUCAGUCUUACAAUCCUUCUGGGUUCUUCACUACGUACAAAAACUGA